CACUUGUGGGAACAUAACUAGAACCAAACCUAUAUAAAAAUGUCAAAAAAACUAAUACCUGAAUCUGUAACUAUUAUCCACAUGAUAUUCGUUAGUACCUCAGAACAUACAAAUACUCCAUAUUGACUGACAUCAUUUACGUAUAACGGUUUUGUAAAACUGCUCAAGGUGAUUUAGAUGCGUCAUAUACAGAUAUUACAAUCUGUAAUACCGGUACGGGGUAGGUGUUUAGGGUACUGUGUAACUGGUGAACAUCUGUCCAUUGACAUUUUUUCUGAAAUCCCAUUCCGUUUUGAGAAAGUGUGUAUAAUCCAAAUAUGUAAAUCUGGUUUGAUCUGUUUGAUCUUAUUCACAACUAAGGACAAAUAUUGAGAGCAGGUUAUUUCAAAUAUGUACCAAAUCAAUCAGUACCUAUUUCGCACGAAAUGAGUUUGCAUUAAGUAGCCGCAUAAUUAAAACUAAAUUCUCAAGUUAGAAGAAAUUGUGAGGGGCUUAAGACGAGGCUUUACAUACAUAAAUCUAGAUUUUGUUGCAUUUUUAUUUUAUAAGUGGUUUUCUUACUGGACUUUCCCUUGGCGCAUUUCCCUGUGCAUCAAAAGGUUAAAAUAUAAAAAAGACUUCACAUUUAAUCCAUCGCUAAAUAUGCAUGCCACAAUCUUUUUUAGAUUCACUACUUGGUCUUAUUCUUCUUUAGUUUCCCUACUGAAGAUAUCCUACAGGUGUGAUAAAUGAAAUGGGGGUACUUCGCUGUAAAUAUGUACUAGAUUUCCAGUAUAUUACCACGCGAUGUGUACCUAAGUAAGAACUUCAAAUUCUCGGUUGAUGGUGACGAUUACCUACUGACGACAUGUUUUUGUCAUAUACUGACCUUAAAAUUACAUUCAAAACUAUAGAUUUACACCGUCUGCCUAAAAAAUGCAGGUUUAAUGGCACGUCAUAUCUACAAUUUACCACAGUUUAACGCAUAAAAACGAACUGUCAAAGUUUACCCAAACAAGAGUCAUAGAAUACUUGGCAAAGUCUUAACAAAUUACUUUGUGCCCACGUAUACAAGAUGGUUACGCGAAAAUUUCAAGCAAUAAUUUUACUAAUAACUCUUUUAUCAAUUAUCCUAUUUGUAAGUAUAAUUCAUCCGCGUGCACAAUUUAUUAGAGAAAAAAUGUUUUUUUCAAGAAAUAACUCUUUUAGCACUUCGGAAUCAAAGUUUAUGUCUAUGUUUACAAAAUUUCCAUGGGAUAUACUAUCACAGGCUAUAGCUACAAAAGAGCUUGAAACUAUUCAUUUUUGUGUUGAAAAGUUGAUUCAAGAAUUUACUCCUUACGUUAUUAUGGAACCUUUGGUGCCAAUAAACUCGACAUGUCGACCACCGCUACUUCGUCACAGACUUGAAAUUAAUUGUACCACCGGGUUGGAUUCUUCCGUAAGGAAAGUAGGAAUGCUUAUCCAAUUCGGUUUCGAUGUAGAUAUGUUGGAAGUUCACCUGAACGAGUUGAACGAUGUGGUGGACAAAUUUUUUAUCGUCGAGUCCACCCACACACAUAAUCGAUUCUUUAAAAAACCAUUAAUCUGGGAAGCGGUCAAGCAUCAAUCAAGAUUUGCCAAAUUCGCCUCUAAAAUUGUCCACUUCGUCGUGGAUGAUGCUCCUGCAAUCGGCGAAGUUAAGUCAAGCUUGAACGACACUAAUGCAAAUUUUGUGUCAGAAAAUUUGCAGGAGAAGCUGCGUUGGGAAAAAUUUCUGGAGUGGAACAAUGUUACUAAUUUUUUCAGCCCGGACGAUUUGCUAGGAUUUGGCGAUUCUGAUGAAAUUGCAAGUCGGGAAGCUGUGAAUUAUUUGAAGCAUUGUGCCCUUAAAUCUGACCCAAUAGACGUUGGAAUAUGGUUUCCCGUUGGCACAAUUUAUUCAACAAUGAAAUCAAAUUUUCCGGUUAAAGGAUAUCCGUUUACCUUGGGGGAUCCGUCAUUCUGGACGUUGAGGAGUGCAAUGAGCUUAAAAACAAUACCACGAUUUAAUUUGCAAUUUCCGACAAGAAACAGAGGAAUGUCGGAUGAUUUCGUAUUAGGGGGGAUGCAUAUGACGCACUAUGGGUAUUUCCCGUUCCUUGUGAUUAAACGAGUGGCCGCAUCGGAAAGUGGCUAUGAAUUCCUUCAAGAGUUUCCCGAGUUUACGAGAACCAUGAAUUCUGAAAAAUUGCAAACAUAUUUUAGCUCAAACAUGAAUAAGAUGUUUGAAGCUAUUUCUUUAGAAAGUCUGGGAAAGUCAGAAACAGAGAAGUUUGUUGUGUUGCCCUGGUUUUAUAAUUGUAAUCGCGACAGGUAUCCUGCGUGGGAAGAAAAGCCUGAUUCCAGAUUAAUAUAGUUCAUACCUUUUUGUAUGCAACGUGAUGUAAGUAUGUAUGCAUGACGUAAAAUUAUUACACUUCUGGUCUAUUUUGAAUCGUUAGGAACUAAGUAAGUAUAGCGAAUUACAAUUUAGGAUUAUGAGCAUUUAUUGGUUGACUCGAGAAAAAUUUUAUUGCAAUGUUUGAACUAUGCUAAUAUGGUACUUACUACUAAACCGCAUGACACGCUAUUAAAUGUAUGAUCACAUUUACUUUUGACGUAUGAACAAAUAUGUAUCAUACUUGUAUUCGGAGUAGAAAUGAUAUAUAUAAUAUGCAAAAAGGCUGCCUAAAUCUAAAGACUAAUUUCUUAAAAUAGCGAGUAAAUGGAAAAUCUCCAGCUGAUCCACAUUUUAUUUAUCUUUUAAUAUACAUAAAUAUAUCCAUUUCUAGAAAUAUUUCCUUUGCAAUUGGUAAGUGUGACAUAUGGCAGUUAGUGGUGCCCGAGUUGUCAUCACACUGCAUUUCAAACCUAAUACACAAAACCUUUUAUAUGCAUGUACAUACUAAAUACUUUUAUUAUUAGUGAUAAUAAAAACAUUUAACUUUAUUACUAAACUAA